AUGUAUCCUAAUCCACGAAAAGACUCUAAAAGGGCAAUCGGGUUUGGUGUGAUCGGAGUUCUCAGUGCCCCACAACUCUUUAUAAUGUUAUGCGAUAUCAGAGAGCGAAUACAAAUCAAAGACACAGAUAAUCUUUUUCGUCAGCUUAUCAUCACCGUGUUGCUUGUUUACGUCUAUAUUAAGAUAUUUCUAACGCUAAAUCACACUAAGAAAUUCCGAGCAAUACUAGAUAAAGUGUCCACAGACUACGAAAGUUACAACCAUCUUCCUGAAGACUACCGCGUCAUUGUCACAGAGACAAUAGAGAAAUGCAAGAAAUUGGAAAUUAUCUGGAUUUUAAUGGUGAUAUGUACCGGUUUAGCUUUUAUUCUGCUGGCUUUUCUGUUAACUCUCCUUUCCCAAUUUACCGAAGAACCGAGAAAAUAUAUGAUACAUGAGUCACUAAUUCCGAUUAUCGAGGAGCUGAAGUAUGAAACACCUUAUUUCGAAAUUCUGACUGUUUAUGGCAUUUAUAUCGUAACAAUCGUAGUAAUUGCAUAUACAGGCUUUGAUGGACUAUUCUACGUAACAGUGCUGCAUGCAUCACUAAAAAUAAAAAUCUAUUCUCACAAGAUAACCCACCUAAUGGACGACGCAAACAUUCCAACGAUUAAAGCGAAGAUUGGAAGUAUUGUAAAAGAACAAUGUGAUGUUUAUAGGUUUAUUAAAGAAAUUCAGUCAUUUUAUCAGUUCUGGCUGGCCUCUGUCUUCACACUGGUUAUUAUUCAGAUUUCAAUGGGCCUCAGCCAGACGAAAGCGGGAAGUGAAAACACAAUAAUUUACUUUAUAUUCGCUACUGUGGCUUCGGUCAACAUUUUCAUACCCUGUUAUGUCGCAUCGGAUGUCACAUCCACCGCGGGCGAAGUAUGCAACUUCUUAUAUGACUGCAAGUGGGAAUCAGUUCCAGACACCAGCAUCCGUCGAUCCAUUGUCAUAAUGAUGGCGUGCUCGCAGGUACCUGUACACUUUACGGCAUGCGGAAUGCUUACUAUUAGUUUGGAAAUCUUUGUAUCGAUAAUGCAGACAGCCUACUCCGUGUAUACUUUGAUGAUAUCUUAA